ACAACAUAAUUCAUGACUUGGUCAUAGGAAAAUACUAUUCAAGGGAUUAAGAUAGCCUUAGUUUUCCCUAUAUACUUUCAAAAACUUUUCUCUAAAACUGCUAUAUAUUCUGCACUAGUUCUUCAAACUUACUUGCUAAGUAUAUAUCCAAAUUCAAAAAAAAAAAAAAAAUGGUUCCUUUUACUCUCCAUUUAUACUUACUAAUUCCUAUUCUUCUACCACUAGUAGCAGUUGCUCAAACGAAUCUUAACAUUAGUUUGGGAUCAUCCCUUCAAGCCUCCGAUGACUCUUCUCCUUGGCAUUCACCUUCUGGUGACUUUGCCUUCGGAUUUCAUCGUCUCGACAAUCAAAAUCUGUUCUUGCUCGCCAUCUGGUUCGACAAAAUCCCAGAUAAAACUCUAGUCUGGUAUGCAAAUGGAGAUAAUCCGGCACCAGAAGGAUCAAAAGUCGAUCUCACACUCGAUGGAAGGUUCAUACUCAACGACCCACAAGGCCGAAACAUCUGGGAAGCGCCAAUCCGUGAAAGGGCUAAUUAUGCUGCCAUGCUCGAUAAUGGCAACUUUGUUCUUGUAAACAAUGAAUCUGGCUAUGUUUGGGAGAGCUUCCAGCUUCCAGCAGACACCAUCUUACCAACACAAGUAUUGGAAGUCGGUGGAAAGCUGUCUUCAAGGCAAAAGGAGAGCAACUUCUCCAAAGGAAGGUUCCAACUCCGUUUGCGACCAGAUGGCAAUCUUGUGCUCAACACCAUUGCCUUGCCAACACAGUACGAAAAUGACCCUUAUUAUGUUAGUCAUACUUCUGAUAGAGCAAAUACAAUGAAUUCUGGCUACUUGGUGAAUUUUAGUGAGUCGGGUUACAUCUAUGUUCUCGGAAGGAAUGGAAAUAUUACUAACCUCACUUCUGGAAAUAUAGUCCCUGCAAGAGAUUUCUACUAUAGAGCAACCCUUGAUUAUGACGGGGUUUUUGUGCAGUAUGCUCACCCCAAGGCUCCGAGAAAUGGGUGCUCGGUUCAGUCAUGGUCCCGUGUGUGGUCCGUGCCUAAUGAUAUAUGUGCUGCCAUUUCUGAUGAGAGAGGUGGAGGGAGUUGUGGUUUUAACAGCUACUGCAUACUUGACUCGAACGGAAGGCCAGCCUGCACGUGCCUUCCAGGAUUUUCCUUGUCUGAUCCGAAUAACGAAUUCAACGGCUGCAAGCAAGACAGGGUUCAGAAAUGUGAGCUAGGUGUUGCAGAGCCGGAAGAUCUAUAUGAUAUGCGUGUGUUGGCUAACACGUUUUGGCCUCAUUCUGCAAGCUAUGACGUAAUGAAGCCUUUUAAUGAAGAUGAGUGCCGUGGAUCUUGCUUCCAUGAUUGCGAAUGUGUGGUUGCUGUGUUUGCAGAUGGGGUUGUUUGCAAUAAGAAGAAACUGCCACUCUCCAAUGGGAGGAUAAACCAAAGCGGCAAUGGGAAGGCUUUUAUCAAAAUACCAAAAUCUGAUAUAUCAUCAGGUGACCGAUGUUUAGAAUCAAAUAAGGGGAAGAAAGAUCAAAGUACCCUGAUUCUGGCUGGAUCAGUUCUUCUAGGUGUCUCAGUAUUCCUCAACUUCCUCCUUGUACCGGCAAUUUCAAUAGUUUUCUAUGGCUCGUACCAAAAGAAACAGAAAUUCAAUAGAGUGCCGAGUAUUUUGGAAACAAAUCUCCGGUCAUUCACUUACAAAGACCUCAGAGUAGCCACAGAAGGGUUCAGUGAAGAACUAGGAAGAGGUGCUUUUGGCACGGUAUACAAAGGGGUGUUGUCAUCGUCGAGUUCAAGAACUGUUGUAGCAGUCAAGAAGUUGGACAAGUUGUUGCAAGAAGGUGAGAAGGAAUUCAAGACAGAGGUCAGUGCAAUAGCCAAUACUCAUCACAAGAAUUUAGUCAGAUUGCUUGGCUUCUGUGAUGAAGGGCCUCAGAGGCUUCUGGUGUAUGAAUUCAUGAGCAAUGGCACACUGGCUAGCUUCCUCUUUGGAAUUUCGAGGCCUGAUUGGGACAAACGAGUCCAAAUGGCAUUUGCGAUCGCGAGAGGGCUCAUGUAUUUGCAUGAAGAGUGCAGCAUACAGAUAAUCCAUUGUGAUAUUAAGCCUCAAAACAUAUUACUGGAUGACUCACUCACUGUGAGGAUUUCAGACUUCGGACUGGCAAAGCUUAUGAUGAGUGAUCAGACUCGUACUCUUACCACCAUUAGAGGGACUAAAGGAUAUGUUGCACCGGAAUGGUUCAGGAGCAUGCCAAUUACCGCGAAAGUGGAUGUUUAUAGUUACGGUGUCAUGUUGUUGGAGAUAAUUUGUUGCAGGAAGAACUUUGAUAUGGCAAGGGAGAACCAAGAGGAUGCAAUACUGACUGAUUGGGCUUAUGACUGUUACAAAGAUGGAAGACUUGAUAAGCUGAUAGAGAAUGAGGAGGAGGCAAGAAAUGACAUGAGGAGGGUAGAGAGGCUAGUGAUGGUGGCAAUCUGGUGCAUUCAGGAGGAUCCAUCCUUGAGGCCCUCAAUGAAGAAAGUCACUCAGAUGUUUGAUGGAGUGGUGGAAGUUUCUGCACCCCCAUGUCCUUGUCCUUUUAGCUCAAUUUGUUGAAUCUAUAUACCUACCUGAAGAUCGA